UGACUGGUUUAGGUCGUAGCCCACGAGGUUCAGUUACUAUAUAUGCUCCCCUGGUAUCCCUUGGGCUGUUCUGGGGGUCUCGCCUCGUCCAGACAAGCUGCCUCGAAACACCACUGCUCUCUCGACACAACACGCCCAAGAUGAAGGUCCUCCCGUCUCUGCUGCUCAUGGCAGCUACUGCCGAUGCCCACUACCGCUUCUCCAAGCUCAUCGUCAACGGCGUCGCCGAGCAGCGAGAAUGGACCACGGUCCGCCAGACCAAGAACUACCAGGGCAACUUUGGCGUGACCGACGUCAACUCCCAGGACAUCCGUUGUUUCCAGAUGAAGCCCGGCACGGGGACCGCCUCUGUCUCGGCCGGUGACAAGCUGGGGUUCGUCGCCAUGUCGUCCAUCACCCACUUCGGUCCCGUCUCCUUCUACAUGGCUCGCGUUCCCGAGGGUAGCGACAUCAACACCUGGGAGGCAUCUGGGAACGUGUGGUUCAAGGUCGCCGAGAUCUCGGCCAGGCCCGGUGCCGGCGGCGCUCUCACCUCGGGAGAGGACACCUGGCCCGCUUACAACAAGCAAACCGUCGAAUUCACCGUCCCCAAGAGCGUCCCCAGCGGCAAGUACCUCGUCCGCGUCGAGAGCAUCGCGCUGCACCAGGCCCAGAGCGCCGGCGGCGCCCAGAUCUAUCUGUCGUGUGCCCAGAUCGAGCUGAAGAAUGGCGGGAACGGCUCUCCCGGGCCCCUGGUCUCGUUCCCGGGUGCGUACAGGACCAACGACCCCGGCCUGUUGUGGUCGUAUUACCCCGUGCGGACGAGCUACAAGGCUCCUGGGCCGAAUGUCUGGCAGGGUUGAUGUGUGGGGGAUGAGGCAUGGUGGAUGUGAGAUGGGCAGUUGAUCCGUACUCCCGUUCUCCUUGCAUGUAUGUACCGAGGCGGGGAAUACCUAUGACGAAUCAGACCUCUGCCAUAUUCCCUCUUCAUCGUGGAAACAGCGCGUUGCCCAAGCCUCUGUUCAGGUUGUCAUGCCUUUUUGCCCUCGCGUUGAGUCACGAUGAUUGCCGGGUGAGAACGAUAUUAUCCGCUGCGAGGUCACCUGCACCCCAGAUAUUACCACCCAACUUCGGCAAUGGUCCCCAAGACGUGAGUUACCCUUAUGCACUGGCAGGAGCCAUAAGGUUCUCUCUUGGCACAUUUUCCGGUUGACCGGAAAGGCCGAGACGCCUGGUUUGGCGAAGCCCAGCCGGAAUCUCGUCUCCUUUAGGCUCCUAUCCGCCCCGUGGCACCGAAA